CUACACCUCAUUAUUUCGGCGGUGCCGUGUGCAUCUCCUCCAAACAAUCACUGCACCACAGAGUAAACUUUGAUCGAAGUCAGACCCACUUUCCUAAACUUCGAAGCCACGAAUUUGGAGUCCCAAGAUUCCAAAUUUGAAAAGAAAAGAAACUACAUCAAAAACUGGGUUCGAAAAGAUUUGUACCUGGAGACAGAAAGGCCUUCACUUCUUGUCUAAUAUAGCCCUAAUCUUGGGAUUGCGAAAGCCACGAUUUUGAAAAUGCAAGUCUCAGGUGCUAUCAGUGACGUCUUGGUGGUGCUUCCACCUUCGGCAUCUGUCAGGCAACCAGAAUUCCGCCACUUGCAUGCUUUUGCUGUUUCUGACGCCAAGAAUUUUCUUUCUGGUGGAUUUCUUAAAAGCUGUCCUUCAUCUUACAAUCCCAAGCACUACAAUGAACUCUACAAUUUCAGAGCUAGAGGCUCAGUUGUGAGAGCGUCAGCAGAUUCAAGUGAUAAUUCAGUACCUUUGGCUCCUCUCCAAUUUGAGUCACCAGUUGGUCAGCUUUUGGAACAAAUUUCACGAACUCAUCCUCAUCUACUACCGGCAGCCAUUGAUCAGGAACUAGAGAACCUUCAGACUGCUAGAGAUGCCCAUAAAGAAGAAUCUUCUACUUUGUCUCAUGAUUCCCUUUACAAGAGGAUAGCUGAAAUUAAAGAGAAAGAAAAACGUACAGCAUUGGAAGAGAUAUUGUACUGCUCAAUUGUACAUAAAUUUUUGGAAAGAAACAUUUCAAUGAUCCCAAAAAUAUCACCAACCUCAGAUCCUACUGGUCGAGUGGAUUUAUGGCCAAAUCAGGAGCAGAAACUAGAAGCUGUUCAUUCUCCAGAGGCAUUUGAGAUGAUACAGAAUCACUUAUCUCUAGUACUAGAAGAUCGGCUUGUGGGUCCUCUCCAGACAGUUGUUCAGAUUAGUAAAAUUAAACUGGGAAAGUUGUAUGCUGCUUCAAUAAUGUAUGGAUACUUUCUCAAACGAGUUGAUGAACGGUUUCAACUUGAGAGGUCAACGGGAACACUUCCCCAGGAUUUUGGUAAAGCAAAUGUAAGUUUUGAUGAACCAUCACCAGCAAACAAGCUAUGGGAUCCUGAUUCCCUGAUCACGGUGCGUGCUUAUGACGAAGUUUUUGAUGAUGGCAGAUCAUUCAGACUGAGAGCUUAUGUGAUGCGGUUGGACUCAGACACACUUCAGAGACUUGCUACCAUACGAUCAAAGGAAGCUAUAUCAUUGAUUGAGAAGCAAACUCAAGCCCUGUUUGGAAGGCCUGACAUCCGUGUCUCUGAUGAUGGUUCAAUUGAAGCUGGCAAUGAUGAAUUGCUCCCACUCACCUACUCAGGCUUGACUAUGCUUGUUUUGGAGGCCGUUGCUUUUGGAUCAUUCCUAUGGGAUCAGGAAAACUAUGUUGAAUCCAAAUACCCCUUUCUUAAUAACUAGAAGACUCUAUCCAUACAUUCUUUUUUGGUUCUAACUGUACUUUUUAGACUGUAAAGAAUUUAAAUUCAUGCAUGGAGCUUUGCGCCAUUGUCCAUAGUUAUAUUAUAUGUUAGACUGUGUUUUGGUUGUCAAAGAUUGUUUGCUAUUCUAAACUCGAGUGAUUACAAAAUAUUGUACAGCUUGAGUAAAACCACAAGUGCGUGGAGAAACAAACCUAGGUAAAUGAAUGUAUAGGCAGUAUAUACUUGUAUGGAUUUGUAUAUGAUGUGGAAUCCCCAUUAGGUAA